AGAGUUGGCAUGAGAUAUUGGUUUAAUGGUUGGAAUUUUUCGUUGCAUGAAGCAAUGGCAGGAAAGUACAUUCAGCGAUCCAAAUGGCGAAUCGUGCUCUUAGCUCUCUCACUUCUCGCUUUCUCGCUCCUCUUCUUCAUCUUCUCUCUCUCUCCUCUCCGCACUCCCUCUACUUCUCUCACCCAUUUCCAAGUUCCCACCGCAGAAACCUCUUUCGUCACGUCCCUGGAUCACUUUCUCACUCGCACCGCACCCUCCGUCGUAGACGACACAGCUCGCGAUUCUCUCGACGAAAGAGAGAUCACGAAGCUCGACAACGCCGUUCAUUACUCCGAGAUGGAUCGAUUGUAUUCGGAUCCUUAUUACCCUCUGAGCCUUCCUCUUAGGGUUUACGUCUACACCAUGCCCCCCAAAUUCACCUACGAUUUGCUUUGGCUCUUCAAGAAGACCUACGGGGACACCUCCAAUCUAACCUCUAAUGGCAGCCCCGUUCACCGACUCAUAGAACAGCACUCCAUUGAUUACUGGCUCUGGGCGGAUCUCAUUGCUCCCGAAUCCGAAAGGCUUUUGAAGAGCGUGGUUAGGGUUCAUCGACAGGAGGAGGCUGAUUUGUUCUACAUACCCUUCUUCACCACUAUCAGUUUCUUCCUCAUGGAAAAACAACAAUGCAAGGCCCUUUAUAGGGAAGCUUUGAAGUGGGUCACUGAUCAACCUGCCUGGAAGCGCUCUGGUGGAAGAGAUCACAUUCUUCCCGUGCAUCAUCCAUGGUCUUUUAAGUCUGUUCGCAGAUACAUGAAGAAUGCUAUAUGGCUGUUGCCAGAUAUGGAUUCCACUGGAAACUGGUACAAGCCAGGACAGGUUUUCUUAGAGAAAGACCUGAUUCUUCCUUAUGUUCCCAAUGUUGAUUUAUGCGAUGCUAGAUGUUUAUCUGAAACGAAUCAGAAGAGAAGCACACUGCUUUUCUUUCGUGGCCGGCUGAAAAGAAAUGCGGGAGGAAAGAUACGUUCUAAACUUGUAGCUGAGUUAAGUGGGGCUGAUAGUGUGAUUAUAGAGGAGGGAACAGCUGGGGAGGGGGGAAAAGAAGCAGCUCAAAGAGGGAUGCGCAAGUCUCUGUUUUGCUUAAGCCCAGCAGGUGACACUCCAUCCUCUGCUAGAUUAUUUGAUGCUGUUGUUAGUGGAUGCAUUCCAGUUAUAAUAAGCGAUGAGCUGGAGCUUCCUUUUGAAGGAAUACUUGAUUACCGGAAGAUAGCAGUGUUCAUUUCUUCUAAUGAUGCUGUAAAGCCAGAUUGGCUUCUAAAAUAUUUAAAAGGCAUUAGACCUGCUCAUAUCAAAGAAAUGCAGCAAAAUCUUGCCAAGCACUCAAGGCAUUUCCUGUAUUCUAGUCCUGCUCAACCACUGGGUCCUGAAGACUUGGUUUGGAAAAUGGUUAGUCUGCUGUUAUUAAAGUUUCUGUUCCUAAUAUUCUUUCUAGACAUUUUGUUCAGAUAUGAACUAUGCUCAGGUUUGAUCCUCAGCUUACCAUUGCAUGUUUUCUUCCAUUGUAGUAUUGUUUAGUUUUGGGUAAUGGAAUGCUGUUAAUCAUUUUUAAUUCAAUGCACCGUUGAUAUAUAUUUAGUUCAUAUAUUGUGUGGUAAGUUUAUUUCUGGAGGCCAUAUGAUGAAGUGAAAAGAGCAUUACGAGAGAGGUGGCUAUCAGAAUAUAUCAAGGUUUAGUAUUGACUGGUCUGACUGCAGUGUUUCAGUUUCAUGAGCUGGUUACUUUAGAAUAAGUUUUGGCUUUCUGGUAUUCUACUGAAGCUUUAGCUUUGGUUAAUGGCUGUAACAAGGGCAUUUCAUUUUCUAGAUGUUAUUAGGUGCGAUUGUGAAUUUGUGCUACACAACUAGCCCUAUGACAAGAAGAUUUGUGUUUCAAGGUAUAAAAGGAUGAAGUAUCAUACUGUUAGUAACCUGGGCUUAGAUUUAAUUUGUGUUAGAAAUCACCAGAAAUAUCUGUUGGGGAAUCUUAUAAAUUUACAUUUCAAUUCUAUCAUAUGGCUUUUGAUUUUUAUGAUUCUUCUGACGAUGCUUAACUAUUUAAAGAUGGUUUUUGGGUAGGUAUCUUAUAUUGUUUUGUGAUGUUUCCUUGACUGUUUUUUGGGCGUAUUAUGGAGUCUGUUUUUCGAACGAAUGAUAGCAGGCAUCUCCUUUUAACUAUGGUUUUCUCUAUAUUAUGAUGCUACAGAUUGCUGGCAAGGUGGUGAACAUCAAGCUUCACACCAGAAGAUCUCAACGUGUUGUGGAAGGAUCUAGAAAUCGGUGCACUUGUGAAUGCAGACCUGGCAACAUCACUAGUACUGCGUAAUCUCCCGAAUGUUUUGUUUUCUUUAAUACAAUGUAAUAUCUAUGAUUUUUCUCAAAUAUUUUUCCUUGUAUUUGUCUGCAAAUUUUGUAUUCUUUGGUGCGUUAGUUUGGUGUAUAACUUAGGUGGUAGUACUUGACUGGAAAAAGAAUUAAAUGCGAGUCUGUAAUAUGAUAAGCUUUGGAUGAGAGAUAAUGGCAAUCAAAGAUCAUAAUUGCGCUUGUAGACGAAUUACUGUAUAAGAUAAAAAAUGAUGGAAAACCAGAUUUCACUUGGAUGAAGGCCCAAUCGCUCACUUCUAAUUUAUUGUAUUGUCAUAUGGUGAAGUAAAAUAAAUGAAAAUAAGAUUAAUCAUAAAUAACUAUUGUUAAUAUGAAUUUUAGGUUUUUAAAGGUGAUUGUGAAGUUUUUAUAUUCGGAGACUUACACUAAGCAUGCUGCAAAUAGUACUGUGAUUAUUUCAGCCUGAAUGUUUCUCCUGGGCUUUUUUGUAAACGUUGCUCCCAUGGUUUUAAUGGUGAAUUUCUGUUAGGCCCAAAUCAAUUGCACUGAAAAGUAAAAAAAUAAUAAAGUUCGUCCUUGUUUCAAGUUAAAGUCAGCUUGCCCCCGUGACUGUUUUCACUUUUUGAGAGCAGAAAAUGGUUUAAAAAUUGAAAUCUUGUAAGAAUUUUGUAGUAUGGCCAGGGAAUGUAACGCUGCCUCAUAGCUCACUCUUGAUUUUGUUUCCUAUUUCAUGUCGCAAUCUACCCCUCAACGUGGUCCACAAACAGCUGAAUUGAUGGAAACGGGUGAGGUCUUGAUUAGAAAUAAAAUAACACCAUCCUUGACCAAAAAGAAAUACAGUAAAUCAACACCAUCAAAAUCGGCGAGAUUUCAGACCACUGAAAAAGGUAAGAUAAGAUUGGAGUGGAAACAGAGAAGUGUAAACUACAGAGAAAUGAUACAUCUUACAAUAUUUUUCUACUAAUUCUCCUAAUAAGUUAAUAACGAAAAUGAAAUGAAAAAAUUAAUUGUAUUUAAUGCUUGACACAGUGUGUGUGUGUGUGUGUGGGUGUAUAAUUCUUGGUAUUGGAAGAUGUUUUAAACAGGAUUUAAAAUCAUUAUUGUAACAAUGAAGUCAUAAAGUGGAGCCAAUGGGAGAGCAAUGGACAACAGGAACAGCAGAAAAUUAG